AUGGAGAUCCGGCCGGACAGGUUUAAGGCCGUGGCAGCCAAGACUCUUGGGAAAAUAUACGGAGCUCUUGAGAAGAAGCAGGAAAAUGGAGAGACGAUUGAGCUGUCUGCUGAGGGCCGGCCGGAGCUGGUGGAGGACAAGGAGCUGCCUGUUGUGGACUGCACAUGUUUCGGCCUGCCCAGGCGCUACAUUAUUGCCAUCCUCUCUGGCAUUGGCUUCUGCAUCUCCUUUGGUAUCAGAUGUAACUUGGGCGUGGCCAUCGUCAGCAUGGUGAACAGCCAUACUGUCUACAGAGACAACAAGGAGGUCAUAGUGAAAGCUCAGUUUGACUGGGAUCCAGAAACUGUGGGAAUGAUCCACGGGUCCUUCUUCUGGGGAUACAUAGUAACUCAGAUCCCUGGAGGGUUUAUCUGUCAAAAGUUUGCAGCCAACAGAGUGUUUGGCUUUGCUAUAGUGGCCACGUCUUGCCUGAAUAUGCUCAUCCCUGCAGCAGCACGAAUGCAUUUUGGCUGCGUUAUCAUUGUCAGGGUGUUUCAAGGACUUGUGGAGGGAGUUUCUUAUCCUGCCUGUCACGGUAUUUGGGCAAAAUGGGCUCCCCCACUUGAGAGAAGUCGCCUGGCUACGACAGCUUUUUGUGGUUCUUAUGCUGGUGCUGUGAUUGCCAUGCCUUUAGCUGGAAUCCUGGUCCAGUACUCAGGGUGGUCAUCAGUCUUUUACGUCUACGGAACUUUUGGGGUCAUGUGGUACUGUUUCUGGUUCCUGGUGUCAUACGAAAGUCCAGCAGCCCAUCCCACCAUCACUGAGGAGGAGAGGACAUAUAUUGAGGAAAGCAUUGGCGAAUCAGCUCAACACACAGUAACGAAAUUCAACACACCGUGGAGGGCCUUCUUUACAUCCAUGCCAGUGUACGCCAUCAUCGUGGCUAAUUUCUGCAGAAGCUGGACCUUCUACUUGCUUCUCAUCAGCCAGCCUGCAUACUUCGAAGAAGUGUUUGGGUUUGAAAUAAGCAAGGUGGGUAUAGUUUCUGCUCUUCCUCACCUCGUCAUGACCAUUAUUGUGCCCAUUGGUGGCCAGCUUGCCGACUACCUGCGCUCCAACCAAAUCAUGACCACCACUAACGUCAGGAAACUCAUGAACUGCGGAGGCUUUGGGAUGGAGGCAACCCUGCUGCUUGUGGUUGGCUUUUCCCACACAAAAGGUGUUGCCAUUACAUUCCUGGUCCUGGCGGUGGGAUUUUCUGGCUUUGCAAUUUCGGGUUUUAAUGUCAACCACCUGGACAUCGCACCACGUUAUGCCAGUAUCCUCAUGGGUAUUUCCAACGGUGUGGGCACUUUGUCGGGCAUGGUUUGCCCACUUAUAGUUGGUGCCAUGACGAAGCACAAGACCCGAGAGGAAUGGCAGGGUGUGUUUCUUAUUGCCUCGCUGGUUCAUUAUGGAGGAGUAAUAUUUUAUGGACUCUUUGCAUCAGGAGAGAAGCAAUACUGGGCAGAGCCAGAGCAAACAAGCGAUGAGAAGUGUGGCAUCCUGGAUGAGGAUGAGCUGGCAAAUGAGACGGAGGAGUUGUAUCGUACAACUGGUGGAGCAGGCUACGGAGCCAUGAACCAGGGAGCAGAUCCCAAUGGGGGUGGAGGCGUGGGAGGAGGAGGAGGUGGCUGGGUCUCAGACUGGGACAAAACUGAGGAGUAUGUCCAACCAGCUGGGACCAACAAUUACCUUUAUGGAGGAGGGGCAGACCAGGACUUUACAUAAAAACCAGGAGAUCAUCUGCAUAUUGCGUUUAGUGACGAAGAAUGUCAACGGUGGGAAGUUUCACCUGAUGGCAAGAAGAACUUUGAAAGUGCGGAUUUAACAUGCAACAUCGGAGAGGACAAUUUUGAGAAAGUCUGACUUUAAUAUCAUAUAUGAACUGAAUUUAAAGGGACUCCACAGUCGAGGUGAAGGCACUAGUUUUAAAAUAUGUGUUUGUGUGUGAUUAAAAUUGUGUACUGUGUGUGACAGACAAUCUAAGUCGGAGUGUGGGUUUUAGGCCUGGUUUGGCUUUCGUUGAUGUUAAUUCAUUCUAAUAAAUGUAGAACAUUUCGAUAUUAUCUGACAGGAUUUGGAUUUUAAUCAUAUAUACCUC